UGGAUAACUUUGCUGCAAACUAUGCUCUGAAGAGAGUUUAUUAUGUCAACUAUGCAUUGGGGAUAUCUGGACGCAGGAAACCUUGCUGGCAUCUAUUAUGAACAAAGUCAACUUGACAUGGCAAUUCUGCAUUACAAGCAAGCUAUCAAUUGUGAUUCUACCUUUAUUGAAUCUUACAAUAAUCUGGGGAAUGCUCUCAAAGACGCUGGACAUGUGGAAGAGGCUAUCAACUUCUAUAGGCAACAUGAUGAGUGUUGCUGCAUCAUUCUAUAAGGCAACUUUAGCAGUUACAAUAGGGAUAUCUGCGCCCUUCAACAACUUGGCUAUUAUAUACAAGCAACAGGGAAAUUAUGUAGAAGUGAUAGCCUGUUACAAUGAAGUUCUUCGUAGACUGCUACUGAUGGUCUUGUCAAUAGAGGGAACACAUUUAAGGAGAUUGGUAGAGUUACUGAAGCAAUUCAGUAUUAUAUACGUGCUGUGAAUAUCAGACCAACUAUGCCUGAAGCCCAUGCAAAUUUGGCUUCAGCUUACAAAGAUAGUUUACAAAUCUCAAGUACUCCAGAGUUGAAAUUGAUGAAG